GUCGCGGUGCCCAGAGGGGCGCAAUCCGCGCCGCGCGCCGCUCGCAGCCGCCGCGACCCAGGGGGCCCCAGCGAGCAUCCCUCCCCGCGGACCCCGGGACCUCCUCUCUCGACCCUGGAGCGUCUCCCUGUGCCAUCGUGAGCGUGAGCCGAUCGCGAGGGCUCUGCAAGCGCCACUCCAGCACGCCGGCACGGACCCGCGGACAAUGAGAAGCCUCUCCUCCUCACUCGGGCAUCGGCGGUGAUUUCAUAAUCGACAAGAGGGAGGAGGAGAAGCUGCGGGACGAUAACCCAGGCUGUGCCAGUCCGUGGCCACGCAGACUGCCGCUGCUGCUGCCCCUGCUGCCCCUGCCCCUGCUGCCACAGGGAGCACGAUGGCGUGUGCCGGGUGCCGCGGCGCCGGCUGGGUGUGGGCGCUGCUCACGCUCACCCACAUGUGCGUGCUCUCCCCCGCACCGGCACAGCUCUUGGCAGGCACGGUGGCCAAGUGCACGAACGAGGGCGAGGCGGUGGAGAUCCCCUUCAGCUGGAACAACCCGUGCAUCACGUGCGUCUGCAAGAGCGGCGAGGUGACGUGCGAGCGGGAGAAAUGCAGCCCCGUGCCCAGCGACUGCCUGCUCGUGGUCAAGCAGCGCGGGGCUUGCUGCCUCGAGUGCCAAGGCUGCCGGGCGCGGGAAACCAUCCCGCAGGAACUGAUGGCGCACCUGGUGGGACCUCCACACUGCUUGCUGCAAACCUGCCAGGAGGGGGUGCUGACGGUGGCUGCCCGGCGCUGCGUGCUGCCCUGCGACCGCCCACUCUACCAGCAAGGGCCUCUGCUGCCCCCUCUGUGCCGGCUGCUCGUUUGGAGGCCACGCGUACCGCGAGGGAGAGGCGUUCCACCCAAACAGGAACCCCUGCAUCUCGUGCCUGUGCUCGGACGGGAAGUUGCAGUGCGAGCAGGAGGUGUGCCCCGUGCUUUCGUGUCCGCCAGGCUGUCCCAUACCCCACCCGGCAAGUGCUGCGCCACAUGCAAGGGUAUGUUUCUAUCAUCAUCUUUACCGUCAUCACCAUCAUCGUCAUCAUCAUCAUCAUCACCGUCAUCACUAUCAGCAUCAUCAUCAUUAAUACCGCUCUGCCUCCCCAUGCAGUGUGUCUCCAGGUGCCACAAUGAAUGGGCUGCGUGUAGUUUUAUGAAGGAGCGAGCUGACUGGCUUGGGGAUAGCGCUACGGGGUCUGCUACGGGGUCUGCGCCGGCAACGCAGCUUGCCCCGUCGCAGGUGGAGGAUCUCUCUCCUUGUCAUCGCAGGGGCAUCUCGCGUGCCCUUUGGCCAGAGGAAGUGUUCGAUCUGCCCGCGGGGAGCUGCGUCUUCCAGGCCAAGGUUCUGGACAAUGGAGACGUGUUCAGCCACGGUGGCUGCACCUCGUGUGUGUGUAAGAACGGCACGGUGGAGUGCGAGCGGAGCUGUGGGCUCGGAGCGCCGGGCGACGCCGGCUGUGAGCCGUGCAUCUCGGCCGUGCGCCCUCACAGCAGCUGCACCGUCCUCAACACCACCUACCAGGAUGGGGAGAGCUGGAGGCCCGAGGUGUGCACCUCCUGCGUGUGCCACAACGGGAGCCAGCGCUGCCAGCCCAUCCAGUGCCCCCCCACCCUCAGCAGCUGCCCCCAGGGAAAGGUUUUGACCCAGAAGCCGGACGAAUGCUGCCUCAAGUGCGCCGAAAAGCCGGGCGUGUGCACGGUGUUCGGCGACCCGCACUACCGCACCUUCGACGGCAAGGCCUACAACUUCCAGGGCACGUGCCGCUACACGCUCGCCAAGGAGUGCUCCCCGCCGCCGCGCGCCCCUCCCGCCUGGGCGCCGCGCGUCGAGGUGGUGGUGCACAACGACGCUCGCCGCACGCGCUUCUUCGCGUGGACGCGCGCCGUCGAGCUGCGCGUCGCCGGCGCCACCGUCACGCUGAUGCAGCACCUGCGCGUCGCGGUGAACGGCACGCGCGUGCCGCUGCCCUUCGAGGGCCGCGGCUACGGCGUCAACGCCACGGGGCAGCUCGUCACCGCCAGCACCGCGCUCGGCCUGUCGGUGACGUGGGACGGCGACAGCUUCGUGGAGGUGACGGCGUCCCCACACCUGCGCGGCCGCCUCUGCGGCCUGUGCGGCAACUACAACGGGCACCGUCGCGACGAGCUGCUGGGCGGGGACGGCCUCUUCCGCCCGGACGUGGAGGAGUUUGCCGAGUCGUGGCGCGACUCGCGCGUGCCCUGCUCCGGUGCGCCGCGCCUCCUCGCGCCGCACCUCUGCUCCAAGUCGGCCAAGCACCGCGUGCGAGCGCACCGGGAGUGCCGCAAGCUCAAGUCGUGGGACUUCAAGAAAUGCCACAACGUCAUCGACGUCAUCCCCUUCUACAGGUCGUGCGUGAUGGACAUGUGCGAGUGCCCGCUGCACAAGCGCUGCUUCUGCGAGCCCUUCCUGGCGUACUCGCGCGCGUGCGGCCGUGAGGGCGCCCCCGUGCGCUGGGACCCGCUGCUGCACUGCCAAGAGCCCGUGUGCCGGCACGGCGCCGUGUGGUCGGCGUGCGGGCCGGCGUGCCCGCGCAGCUGCCGGGACGGGAACGCGGUGCCGCCCGCGUGCCACGAGCCGUGCGUGGCCGGCUGCCACUGCCCAGCGGGCGCCGUGCUGCACCAAGGCCGCUGCAUCGCGCCGGCGCUGUGCCCCGCGCCGUGACCGCCCGGCACGACUGGCUCGGAGGAGCGCCCCCCACACACACACCCCCCCCCCGUCUCUCUCUCUCUCUGCCGGCGAUCGGAUGUGGGCAGCGGGCGAGUUGUCGUUGUUGGAAGCUCGUCUGAGUUUGGCGACGGCGGUGGUGCAGGUGGCGCCGCUGUGUUUAUCGAGUGCGCUGUGCGGGGGGCCGUGUGCGUGACUGGACGGAGAAGCGGCGGCAUCACUCUCGCUCGGCGCGUUCGUUUUACGGAGCCCCCCCUCGCCGCCGCCAGUAAGAUGUUCUCAACCUACAUGCCGUGCAUGCGUUGCCAUGUUUGUACUUGAAUGACGAUAUCGCAAGUGUUCAAACUUGUUCUAAUUUAACGGUGCUUUUAUUCUUCCCGAAACAAAAAACAUAAAACCACGAGGAAGCAAUUAAGGGCCCUUCGGUCAGGUGGGCGGGAGACGCCGCUGCACGUGACUCGACGGGCAGAGGGCCUCGCGCGAGCGUGCACGCGGCACCCCCGGGGCAGCGUGGGCGACGCUCAACGCGCUUCAGCAAACGGUUCAACGCCGAACAGAAUGAGUCACGACGCGAUCAGCUUUUGUCUCUCGUGCCGUUCUGCUCCGGCUCGCAAUCCCCCCCCCCCCGCGUCUACGGGGAAGGGCUGAGACACACUCAGAGGGGGGGGGGUGGGGGGCACGGCACGCGCUGGUCAUUGCGUGACGCCCCGUGGCCGAAGCCCAGCGCAGCAGCGUGAGCACGAGGCUCGGCGGAGCCACGCGCUGCAUGGCGGUGUGCGCUCAGCAUCUGCACAAGAAGAGUUUGUCGUCGUCACGAGGGAAGCCGGCGAGUGUGGUAGUGGGCGCAGCGCCGUUAUUUAUGCGCCGUCCUCUCUCCUGGGACGGCAGUCGUUCCCAUCGCCACAGCCCAUGAUUGCAUCCAGCUUUGUUUUGAAAAGUGCUGUACUUAUUUUGUUGUCCGCAGUCCAAAUUCAUCUCCACACCAUCGCCGCCUCCUCUUCCCUGCCCCAACGUACGCCUUCUCCUCCACCUCCUCCCCCUCGUUCCCACAGCUGUCAUUUUACCGUUCCUUUUCACAGUACUCUGCUGUGACUUUAUCCCUCACUUUGACCUCCCCCCACACCUGACCUUUGACCUCCACACCUGACCUUUGCAGGCAGGGCCACCUCCUCCAUUCCCCACACGACACCUCUCUGCCACCUACAUUGCAUCAUCAUCAUCAUCACCGCAGUGCUUUCUGUCUGCCUCCCUCCUCCUCCCCUUGCUCCACUUUCUCUUUUCGCCUCUUCCUCCGUGGCGUCCAUCCUGCUCCUUCUUGGCCACGAGUCACCUUCCUCCACGGCCGCCUCUUCUCUCCCGGGUCGCUGCCUCUCUCUCUUCCCCUUCCGUCCAUCCUUACAAUUAGUCAUCCACUUCCUUCUCCACACGGGCAAUCCGCACGCCUCUUCUGCUACAUCAUUCUCAUCUACACCUCAUCGUCACCGUCGUAUAUUCUGUUCGUCGUCCGUUCGUCCCCACGGCCACUUCUCUUCCGCCCAUAGGCAGCGCCACAACAGGGCAGGGAGGCUGUUGCUACCCCCCCCCCCUCCCCCGUUACCUGGCAGGCUGUUGGACAGCCUGAUACGAGCAGCCUGGGUGCAGAUCUCGAGAGAUAAGAGCUCUCUGUUUUUGUGUGUCGCAUUGUUUAGACUGUUGGACCGGUGAGGAGGUGACGCAUCUGCGUGAUGUUUGCCGCCUACGUCAUUGAAGCGAAUGCCACCCCGGUCCUUGUUCUGGUCUCAAUAUCGUCGACGCAGGGAAUCGAUCACCCCGACAGCUGGAAGUUGUGUCACGUUAAAAAUGUCACUCGCAUCUAAAUGUCGGAGCCUCAUUAAUACGCCGACCGCGCAGUGUUGAUGGUGGAGUUGUGAGCCAAACGUUACUUCGGCUGCCAUUGCGAAGCUGUUACAAUGCAGGUGUGAGUGUUUGCUGUUGUUGUCAUUUUGCACAUCCCUUGGCACCGUUUCCUCUAAGAUGACUUCCACCGCCCACCCACGUGAUACCGGUGGCUAUUAAAAAUCAACAGGCCUCCCUCAAUUCGCUAGGAGAUUGACUCAGCCCUUUCUCAAUCCAUGCCAUAAAACCGAGUACCAGAGUGAGGUGUUUUUUUGUGUUUCACGGUGAGACUUUCCCCUCACAACAACAAGAAUGUGGAAUUUCCAGCACUGGCUCAGGCUGUGAAUUGGAGAUGAGCACGAGUUUUCAGCAGGAAACCACUUCGGAGUUUGAGAGCGUUCGUUGGCCUCCCCGCUGUGAGUGCGAUGUCCAGGAGCGACGCUGAUUGAAGCCACCUGUGCAGGCCUGUGGUUGGCGCGCAGCACGGACGUUUCAUUUCAGUUAAGCCUCGGAUUCGGGGGCCCUGAGGUGCAGGGGCUCGUUGUGCGAUUGUGGGGAUGAAUGCAGGCUUCGCCUCCAUAACAAUCAGCAAAAUAUUGUCAAUAGAAUAUUAUUCUUUGAUUCCUACUACAACAACAACAUCAAACCAGAACACCAGUUUAUUUGAAGAUGUUUUUUUUUCCCCAUCGCCCUCAUUUCCAAAGGGGGCCCGCAAACAGUUGCGGCCUGGUCAAGCUGCUUACACAAAAGCCACAUGCGACCACAGCACUCCCAUCCAUGCCCCUCAGCUCAGGGAAUCAUCGUCGUCGUCGUCAAGCAUGGACAAUCCACUGCUGGAGGAAGAUCUCCCAAAGCCCCUCCGGUGUGUGAUCCUGCAGUCUCAUCUCACAGCUGUGGGAGAGCCACCCGAGUUGGCACGCAGCACGUGUGGCCUGGACGCCAGGCCAACGGGGGAUGGCAUCGCUGCGCUGACCCCUCGUGAGCCCCCUCGGCACCCCCCCCCUGCGCCCCCCCUCCCCCCUGCGCCCCCAGCAGCCUCGCGACUCCCCGUGAGGCCCUGCGGCGUUUGCCAGCAGGGAAAGCGUUUGUAAAUAUUUGCAGAGUUGUGAAUGAGUUGUAAUUUAUGUUCCGCGUAUUCGUCGUGUUUUUACUUUGACCGUAUGCAACUGCGAUCUCAUCUGCGCUUACUUUGCUGCAGGGCUUUGCGUAAGGCACUAAUAUGAUUUAUUUAUUACAUGCAUUGUUGAAAGUUUUUAUUUUUUAUUUCAUUUUAAACGUCAUUUAAUUUUUCGUCUUAUUAUCUUCAUACCGAUUUUAUUUGUCUCAUCGGAAAGAUGACCGUGCCCAGGGAUGCACUCUUUGCAGCCAGACUUCUGAUUAUUAACAGCUGCUUGGCAUGGCAUUGUUGAUAUAUAGCGGCCGUGUAAGAAGGGAUUAAAAGAUUUAAAAUUGUGCGCGUGGAAAAUGUACAGCAAGAACCAUUAUGCCUCAUCAUCAGUUGGCUUCGAAUCAACGAUGACAACAAAACAGCGUAGCACCCAACGUACAACCACGAGGAGGACAUUUGCUGCCCAAAGCAUUUUAAACAAUCACGCUCCCAGACGAUGGACAUUUGUUCGCCAAUUCUGGAUGUCGCUGACCCAAUUCCGGCUAUCGCUGACCCAACGGAGCAUGUCAACAUGCUUUCUUCUUUCACGUACGUUGAACUUCCUUUGCACCGUACGUAGCCAAAUGCGCUAAUCGGAGGUGCGGGGGAAGGAUAACAAGCUAAACACCGAAAACUAUUAAAAACAACCGGUUAGUUUAACACGUAGAGUUUUGCCACCAAUAUCAUCCAUAAUUUGUUUUUUUUUUGGGUUAGAUCGUGAUCUAACCCAAAAAGAUCGUUUUUGGGUUAGAACGUGAUCUAACCCAAAAAGAUCGUGAUCUAACCAAAAAAAUACCCUCUAAACAACCGGUUGUGAGCCACGCUGCCGAGUUGCUUCACGACACCGUGAAUUAUCAUGGUGGGACACGAGGCCUCUCGUCGUGGAACGCGAAAAGUGAGCAGUCGUCCCCGUGUUCACCCAGCCCAGCAGCUCCUUGGCUGCCGCGCUCCGACGAGGUUGUUUGGGGUCGUACCGCUCGGUGUCGUUUCGGCAGCGACGUCCAACGUUUCGCUCCACGUGCCGGGAGCUUCAUAAACGUCGGACAACACGAGGGCAGGGCGGCGGCCGUGGUAACUUUUGUUGUCUCACAGCCAGAGGCACCUGGGUUGUUAGAUCACUGACUCGGGCGCCUCUCCGUGUGGGGUUUGGAUGUUCUCCCCCGGUUCUUCCGAGCUAAAACUACGGGGUGCUGGCCACACAUCUUGAUGCGGGGACCCUCUUGAGAAAGGAGCCUUUUUUUCUGUGAUGAUUAUACAAUCAGAAAAGACAUCGAGGGGAGAGCUAUGCAACACAACCGCGACAUUGUAUGCAGCGACUCUUUGUGGUGUCGGGACGCCAUCUCCCCCAAGGUGCUGGAUUUAGGAUGAUGCAGAGCCACUGGAUGCUCUUCACGAUACGCUCCGUUUCGUUAUCUCCCGAGAACGUUGAGGUUUUGUAUAUUUUUUAUUGUGCCUUCGGUCAAAGAACUUGUUGAGUAAAGCCCAACAUUGCAAUGUAUUUGCAACUAUACCAAAACAAGUGCUCAAGUUGUGUUUGGCUAAAUUUAGACGUCAGUUAAUAAAUGUUGGCCGUCGCUACAAAAGUGAGAAAUCAGGGGGUGGAAGGUUUACCUACGGAAUGAAAAUCUGGAAUCGCAUCGGUUUUUGAGGUCUGUUUGAAAGUUCCGUGUAUUACACAUAGUCUGUAAAAGUUGCUUUUGAAGCAAGACUUUAAAAGUGUUAAUGCCUCGCAAACAUGUGUUCGCUGGUCCAGGGCAUUGUUGGUGUUUAAUAACCACCGGUAUCAAGAUUCACAGCUGAGCACAUCGCUAAAGAAUGUAUUCGCAUGGAUCAGGGGUGGUGUGACGAGCAGUUAUGUUCCGUGGGUAAACCAAAAUUGCAACGUAAUGGCGUGAAUAUGUAAGUUUGUGAUCACAGCGUUUAAAAUCCGCACGUCAUUGACAUGUUGCUUUGCUUGAGGGUGGCAUCUCAGUUGCGUCUUGCAAGUGGUGCCGUGGUCUUUUAACAAACGAGCGUUAAAGAUUGGACGAGAGAGGGACAGUAUUCGCUACGUGGCAAGACCAGGGCAUUGUACAAGUGACCUCGCUCGCUAUUUGACGAUCACCUCGCCCACAGCGUCACAGGACUAUGAGGCUCUGACGAGAGCCACGCUCGCAAGUUUGGGAACCGUUUACAAAGUUGUUCAGAGUCAGGGACGUGGGCCUGGGGGCACCGCGAUGAGAGCGGUGCCCUGCUGUGGCUGCCGCGAGUCGCUUUCGGGUUCUCUGCUAGGAGCGCCUUGCGUCGACACAGACCACCCACCCGUCCCCAGGGUCACGCGGCACACGGUGACAAGAUGCCCCGCAAUAGCCUUGAACAGAGUGUCGGGGCAAGCGCUUCGAGUCGACCUGGGGGAGACACGGGACCCGAUCAGACAACUCGGGUUGCCGGGUUCGCAGCGCAGCACGCUAGAGCCACUACACUGCCCCUCCCCAUAGCACACACACACAGG